AUGAAUAGAUCAACAUUUCGCUAUUUCAAUUUCUCAUUUAUCAAGUCUAACUCAUUUUAAUGGUUUAAAAAUAAACUUAAUUUUAACAAUAAUCGUGGAUAAAUAAUAUUUAAUGAUAUUGAAGCAUACAUUUUUGGAAAUCAAUUUAAUUCAAGUAAUAAUCUACAUAUAUUAUAAUUUUUAGAAAUUCAAUGUGAUUAAAUUCUAUUAAGAUAUAAUUUUCUAAUAGUACAUGUUUGGCUAGUGUAGCAGGCACUAAAAACAAAUUUGGUUAAAAAUUAUAUAAUUAAACAAUAAUUAGAAAGUAUAUUAUAUAAAUCUGCUGCCAAUUAUAUUUAUUAAUUUGAUGUAAUAUUUAUUUUAUUAUUUAGGAUAAUUAUAAUUAAGAAAUGAAAUAAGAAUUGGAAAGAAACUAGCAAGUUUUACAAUUUGUAUUAGAUGAUUAUUUCAUUUAUUAAUUUCAAAAGAAAACUCUAGAGUAAAUUGUAUUCGAGUACUUACAUUAUUUUAUUUAGAGACAUUUUGCUUUGUUAAGAAAAUUAAAAACAAAAAAUUGACAAAAUUUGCACAUAUAUAAUUAAUAAUGUAAAUUUAAUGCUUAAAGUAUAUAUUAGUACAAUCAUAUGUUGAAAUAUGACCAAGGAGCUUUAAAGAAAGAAAAUGAAAAGAUUCAAUGGAUAGAAUGA